AAAAGGAAAAAAAUAUUUGAGAAAUAACUAAACAGCCAUGUCAGAGGAUGAUCUUCCUUACCAAGUGAAAAUCAACGGUCAAGGAGAUCUUGAGACAAUCGGACGGUUUGGAUUUGAUGAUCAGAUUGACUGUUCAGUGAUAGCUCAUUCUAAGGUGGACGCUACCACAGGAGAUCUCCACACUCUGAGCUACAACGUUUUGAGGAAACCUCAUCUCAGGUAUCUUAAAUUCGACACGUGCGGGAAAAAGACACGUGACGUGGACAUCACGCUCCCGGAACCAACGAUGAUUCAUGAUUUUGCGAUAACCGAAAAUUUUGUCGUCAUACCGGAUCAGCAAAUGGUAUUCAAAUUAACCGAAAUGAUCCGGGGCGGGUCGCCGGUUAUCUAUGAUAAAGAGAAAAUGUCGAGAUUCGAGGUUUUGUCAAAGCAAAUCAGACCGGUUCGGGUAUAAAUUGGGUUGAUGUACCGGAUUGUUUCUGUUUUCAUCUAUGGAAUGCGUGGGAAGAGAGAACCGAAGAUGGAGAUCCGGUUAUUGUCAUAAUCGGGUCGUGUAUGAGCCCACCCGAUACAAUAUUCAGUGAAUCUGGAGAACCGACCCGGAUUGAAUUAAGCGAGAUCCGGUUA